AUGGGGCUGGGUAUCAGAUAUCUCUGUGCCAUAAACAUGGGCAGGGAAAGUCUGCUACAUGCUCUGGCGCAUCAUUUGCACGUACAUCCAUACCCCUCAGACCAAGCGCGUGAGGAAGAUAUAGUUGUGCCUCCUCCUAUUAUAAAGAAGGAGGCCCUGGAAGGGUUGAGGAUGAUCCAUGUGUUACAGAAGGCUGGGCUACUAGUGCAGCGGAAGGUUGAUUAUAACCAGAAAUUGAACUUCAGUGAAGAUGAAGGAACUGUAGAUGAAGAUACUCCUACCCUACGAAAUACAGAACGGAAGUCAGAUCGAAGGGAUAGAUGGGAAAAAGACAGAGGCCGGGAUAUAGCCCGAGAGUCAGAGGAACGCCGUGAAGUGUCUAGAGAACCCGAGAGAGAAUCUUCCAUGAGAGAGAAAAAUCCCCAAGGUUCUCGAGAACGUGACAAUAGGCGCGACAUGGCUGAGGACCGUCGAGAUCGUGACCGCAGAUUCUCUCCUGGUGACCCUGAAAGGUGGCAACACCGAGGAGGUUUUGAUUAUCGUGGAGGAUCUGGUCGUGAUUAUGGUGGCCCACAGAAUUCUGGGAACCGGGGCUGUCCCCCCCAACAUGUGCAGGCACACAACUCCCCUCAUACUGUUCCUGCAAGCACAUCUGUGCAUCCCACAUCUCGCCCACCCUCUCUCUCCCCUGUGCAUCCUCCUACUCAUCAGUUAGCUCAUGCCAUCUUUGUCACCAUCAUCACACCCCAGGGAAGAAGAGGAUUCAUGGCGUGA